CAAUCCACCACCAUGGGCAAAAAGCGCAUUCUGAUCAGUUACUGUGUGGAUGUUGAUGCUGUCGCGGGAUGGCUUGGUUCAUAUGGCGGGAAGGACUCCCCAAAUGAUAUUAGUCGCGGCAUAUGGGCCGCAACCAUUGGUACCGAACGAAUGCUUAAGCUCUUUGCCGAAUAUGAUAUCAAGUCGACCUGGUUUAUCCCCGGUCACUCCCUUGAAUCUUUCCCAAAGGAGAUGGCUGCAGUGCGAGACGCUGGGCAUGAGAUUGGUUUGCACGGAUACUCGCAUGAGAACCCUGUUGAUAUGACCCUUGAGCAGCAGCGUGAUGUGCUUGAUAAGACAUUCCGACUUCUAACUGAGUUCACGGGGAAGCCGCCGUGCGGGAGUGUUGCCCCGUGGUGGGAAACAAGCACCGAGGGUGCCCAGCUCCUUUUGGACUAUGGAAUUGAAUACGACCACAGCCUAAGUCACCAUGAUUGCCAGGCAUACUAUCUCCGCACCGGAGACUCGUGGACAAAGAUCGACUACACGAAGAAGGCCGAGGAAUGGAUGAAGCCAUUAGUUCAAGGUCAAACCACUGGUCUUGUAGAAAUUCCAGGAAACUGGUACCUGGAUGACCUUCCCCCGAUGAUGUUUAUCAAAGGAGCUCCCAACAGCCACGGCUUCGUGAACCCUCGUGAUGUUGAAGAUCUCUGGAGGGAUCAGUUCGACUACUUUUACCGAGAGUAUGAUGAGUUUAUUUUCCCUAUCUCCAUUCAUCCUGAUGUGUCGGGACGGCCGCAGGUUAUUCUUAUGCAUGAGAGGCUUAUUGAGCACUUCAAGUCGCAUGAGGGUGUUGAAUUUGUGACAAUGAAGACAGUUUGCGAUGAUUUCAAGUCUAAGAACACACCCCCUGCUGGCGCAAAUCUUCCCGUUAAAGGUGGCAAGCCGGGCGUGCGAACCAAGGCCUAA